CAAAAUCCAUUUGCAAUACAAACAUUUGUUUUUAGGCUUAUUAAAUGGCAAAGGACAAGGAAAAGGCUCAACAAAAGGGUGAUAAAGAAAAUGUUGAACAAGAAGAGGAGACUCCGGCUCCGGCUCCCCCCAGCAGAGGAAUGUCAUUGGCCGAUUUCAUACUGAGAUUCGUUGCCGCCGUUAGCACCAUGGGCAGCGCCAUCGCUGUUGCCACAACGAGCCGAUCGCUCCUGGCCUCCUUCGACAACUUCAACAAUUUCAUCCACUUUGCCUCUCGACAAUAUCAAGAUUUCCCUACUUUCACAUUUUUUGUGGUGUCGAAUGCCAUGGCAACGGCCUACCUGAUUCUAUCGCUGGCGCUAUCCAUAUUCCACAUCUUCAAGACCGGCGCCAAAGUCACCAGGACUGUUCUAGUCAUACUCGACACGACAAUUGUGUGUGUUUUAACGGCGGGAGCAUCGGCGGCUGCAGCGAUUGCAUACGUGGCACACAAGGGGAGCUCGGAGGCGAAUUGGGGGGGAAUAUGCGAUCGCUACAACUCGCUGUGUGAGAGGGUUUCUGGAGCUUUGGUUGGAUCCUACUUAGGAAUUCUUGCUCUUAUGCUGCUCAUAUUUUUCAAUGCUGUUGCUCUCUCAAGAAACUGAAAUUUCAUAUGCAAUAAUUAAUUAAUAAUCUUCUUUAA